AUGACGAGCCUAGGCUACGAAACCCCUUUUUGGGCAGAUCUUGAUGCCUGUGAGCGUGCAAUUGUCGACGAAAAGCCGAGUCCAUUAAGAGUUGCGACAUACAAUGAGAACUUCCAAAAAGAUACCCGAUAUUUAGAGAAUCGAUACAAGGACAAUAGCGUGAAGCAUAGCAAAAGCUUUCAGGAAGAUGACUUGCUCACAGUCCCCAAGAGACGAAAGGUUGAAACGCAAUCAGGGAAAGAGAACGUGAGGACAUUUCAGCACAACCAGACGCUCAGCACUCGAAGCAGACGAAACAUGUAUGCACCCGGGCAUUGGGCACAACACGAUAGCCCACCUCGACUUUUGGGAGUCAUGCCUUUGCCACAGCUAUCGGUCAAGAAGAAAAGACAAGCACACACACAUGCAAGGGUACAGCCCGACCAGAACCGCUCGCUAUCCCCCUUCUCAGUCAAUACUCUGCCGGCGGCAUAUGAGAUGCGGCGUCCUGGAAAGAUCCAUUCCCCUUUGACCAACCUAUACGACAGAGACUCUAUGUACAGACAAGAGUCACCGCUUAAUUUUCAUGCAACAGGCUGGACUGGGUAUCCUUUGCCACCCGACAACAAUCUGCAACUACCGCCGAUCAAAAGUCUCACCACCUUACCACGUCAGAGGACAGUGUCUUGCCUGGCACCAAAAAUUAGCAUUACACCGGAGGUAACUGUUAUUGAGGCGGGGCAUAAUAUCUUUUGGGUAGCUAUUGAAAUAUCUGCCACUCCUUGGUGUAUACCGGAGAACAACAUCCAGCCAGAGGCCUCUGAGAACCAAUCCGAGACCAAUGGCCUUCGUGAUUUGAACGUCCGUAUCCUACCAACAGAAAAAUCGUCGAUCAUUCGCAUCCUGCAGGAGCAGCCUUUUCCCCUCGAUCGCCUCGACCCUGGUCCCAGUAUCUGUCUUCUGGUUAAAGUAAGAGUCCAUGUUGUCAAGGAUAUGCAAGAAGAAAGACAAGAAUGCCCACAGAAAGAGAUAGACAACCUGAUAGAGGCACUCGAACAAGAGCUUGGUGACUCUACUAUAAACUAUAUGACAGUGCGAUUGUCAUAUCGCCCUUCAGCAUUUCCCGAAUGGCAGGAUGUUGGCAAUGCGAGCGACAAGAUGUUCACUACAAAAAGCAAGAUCGAGACAGCGGCCACGGCCUCUGUAAAAUUACACAAUGCCAUGUCGCUUUGGUCCCCUGCGCCGGUGUUGAAGUCCAAUCCAUUGCUUCCUCUGAUCGAGAGACACUAG